AGACGGUGGCCGGCGAGGCUCAGGAAGGCACGCGGAAUUGGAGAACCCUGAGGGAAGGAGGGAGCAUCCAUAGAGUUCAGCAGCAGCAGCGAGCUGAGGUUUACACUCCACUCCACUUGUCAUCACCACCCAACUUUUGCAGUUAGCUGACCUCCCCUGGCUUCCCAGUCAGAUACGUAGAUUACUUGAAUAGUAGUGAGGAGGAUCCUGCUACCCCUACGGAGUGAUCAGGCUGGAGCAGAAGAGGAAUGAUGGUGAACAGCCUCUCGCUGUGCUACCACAACAAACUCAUCUUGGCGCCUAUGGUUCGAGUGGGGACUCUACCGAUGCGGCUGCUGGCCCUGGACUAUGGAGCAGACAUUGUGUACUGUGAGGAGCUAAUCGACCUCAAGAUGCUCCAGUGCAAGAGAGUUGUCAAUGAAGUGCUCAGCACCGUGGACUUUGUGGCCCCCGAUGACCGAGUGGUAUUCCGCACCUGCCAAAGAGAACGGAGCAAGGUCGUCUUCCAGAUGGGGACUUCAGAUGCAGAGCAAGCCCUUGCUGUGGCCAGACUUGUAGAAAACGAUGUGGCUGGUAUCGACAUUAAUAUGGGCUGUCCAAAAGAAUAUUCCACCAAGGGAGGAAUGGGAGCUGCUCUGCUGUCAGAUCCUGACAAGAUCGAGAAGAUCCUCAGCACUCUUGUUAAAGGGACAAGCAGACCUGUGACCUGCAAGAUUCGCAUCCUACCAUCGCUGGAAGAUACCCUGAACCUUGUGAAGCGGAUAGAGAGGACUGGCAUUGCUGCCAUCGCAGUUCAUGGGAGGAAGCGGGAGGAGCGACCUCAACACCCUGUCAGCUGUGAAACCAUCAAAGCCAUUGCCGAAACCCUCUCCAUUCCUGUCAUAGCCAAUGGAGGAUCUCACGACCACAUCCAAAAUUAUUUGGACAUCGAGGACUUCCGACAGGCUACAGCAGCCUCUUCAGUGAUGGUGGCCCGAGCUGCCAUGUGGAACCCGUCCAUCUUCCUCAGGGAGGGCCUGCGGCCCCUGGAGGAGGUCACGCAGAAGUACAUCCGAUACGCCGUGCAGUAUGACAAUCAUUACACCAACACCAAGCACUGCUUGUGCCAGAUGCUGCGAGAACAGCUGGAGUCACCCCAGGGAAAGUUGCUCCAUGCCGCCCAGUCUUCCCGGGAAAUUUGUGAGGCCUUUGGUCUUGGUGCCUUCUAUGAGGAGACCACACGAGAACUGGACUCCCGGCGGGCCGAGGUCCUGGCCAGGACCCCAGCAGAGCUGGAGGAGCCGGCUGAAGAUACCUCUGGUGUCAUUAAGAUGGCUGUCAAGUUUGACCGGAGAGCAUAUUCACCCCAGAUCACCCCCAAGAUGUGCCUACUGGAAUGGUGCCGGAGGGAGAAGUUGGCGCAGCCCGUAUAUGAAACGGUUCAGCGCCCCCUGGAUCGCCUCUUCCGCUCUGUUGUCACUGUGGCUGAGCACAAGUAUCAGUCCACCUUGUGGGACAAGUCCAAGAAACUGGCGGAGCAGGCUGCAGCCAUCGUCUGUCUGCGGAGCCAGGGCCUCCCUGAGGGUCGACUGAGUGAAGAGAGCCUCUCUUUGCACAAGCGUAAGAGGGAGGCACCUGACCAAGACCCCGGGGGCCCCAGAGCUCAGGAGCCAGCAGUGCCUGGGGAGCUGUGCAAGAAGCCCUUUGUAACCUUGGGAAGUGGUGACGAGAGCCCCCUGGAAGGCUGGUGAUCACUGUCUUGACCCUGGUCAACGAGCCCGGCCCUAAGACGACUGUGGGUACAGAGCAUGAACCAGAUGCUAUUGGACAAUUUGCUGCCCCCCUGCCUGACAUGUUAAGAGGUUAGCCUGGACCAUCAGUCUGGAAUAUGGGCAAGGUGUGCCCAGUGUACCCAUCUCUCCUGCUAGAUCUGAGAAGCAGGGCCAAGUUCCCAGUGAUCUCAAUAUUUUCUUUAAAAAAUGGGGGCUUUUCCAGGUAGCACCUCCCUAACCUGACAUCGGUACAGUGCAAUAAAGACACCCUCUGCCCCUCCCCAUGGCCGGCUGCUUCAGCCUUGGGCAUCUUCACACA